GGGGUGGUCAGAGGCGAUACCGACCCCCUGUGCCUACCCACCCUCGCAGAAUCGUGGGGUUGGCAGGGAACCACGAGGGUCAUCCAGUCCAGCCCCCUGUGAGGCGGGAAUCUUUUGUCCAACGUGGGUCUCGAACUCGCAACCCUGAGAUUCAGAGCCGGGUUUACCUGUAGCACGGCUACCGGCGUCGGAAGACUUGUAACAAGUUCAAGGACUCGUCGCCGCUGCCAAUUUCUCCCAAAGCGUUUUUUUAAAAAGCAGAAAUCAAGUUUGCCGUCUGGCUGCUAGAGAGCCGGGUUCAGAUCUCGACUCGGCCAUGGAAUUUGACAGAACCUCAUAAGGCUGUCGUUGUUGAGAUACAGGGGCAUUAGGGUAAAAAAUAUAAUAGAGGCAGCGGGUGUCUCUGCGGGCCAGUGUGGCAUAUGCGGCCAUGGCAAGUGACUUCUAUCUGCGUUAUGUUGGGCACAAGGGGAAGUUCGGCCUAGAGUUCGAGUUCCGCCCUGACGGGAAACUGAGAUAUGCAAACAACAGCAAUUAUAAAAGCGAUGUCAUGAUCAGAAAAGAAGCCUAUGUACACAAAAGUGUGAUGGAAGAGCUAAAGAAGAUAAUCAAUGACAGUGAAAUCAUGAAAGAAGAUGAUGCAUCACGGCUGCCUCCUAACAGAGUUGGCCGGCAGGAGCUUGAAAUUGUAGUUGGUGAUGAACACAUCUCUUUUGGUUCUCUUAUUGAUGUAAAUCAGUCCAAGGAUCCAGAAGGUCUCAGAGUGUUUUACUACCUUGUCCAGGACCUCAAGUGACUCGUCUUCAGUCUCAUUGGAUUAAGAUUGUUGUUGAGUCGUUUAGUCGUGUCCGCCUCUUCGUGACCUCAUGGACCAGAGCACGCCAGGCCCUCCUGUCUUCCACUGCCUCCCGCAGUUUGGUCAAACUCAUGCUGGUAGCUUUGAGAACACUGUCCCACCAUCUCGUCCUCCAUCAUCCCCUUCUCCUUGGGCCCUCCAUCUUCCCCAACAUCAGGGUCUUUUCCAGGGAGUCUUCUCUUCUCAUGAGGUGGCCACAGUCUUGGAGCCUCAGCUUCAGGAUCUGUCCUUCCAGUGAGCACUCAGGGCUGAUUUCCUUCCGAAUGGAGAGGUUUGAUCUUCUUGCAGUCCAUGGGACUCAAGAGUCUCCUCCAGCACCAGAAUUCAAAAGCAUCCAUUCUUCGGCCAUCAGCCUUCUUUAUGGUCCAGCUCUCACUUCCAUACAUCACUACUGGGGAAACGAGAACUUUUACUAUAGGGACCUUUGUUGGCAAGGUGAUGUCUCUGCUUUUUGAGAUGCUGUCUAGGUUUGUCAUCGCUUUUCUCCCAAGAAGCAGGCGUCUUUUAAUUUCGUGUCUGCUGUCACCAUCUGCAGUGAUCAUGGAGCCCAAGAAAGUAAAAUCUCUCACUGCCUCCAUUUAAGAUUAAGCCAAUUUAAAUUGUAUGGAUUUAAAUUUGUACUGUAAAGUUUCUUUCGGUGUUUCUUUCCAUUCCUUAUCUCUCACUGGUUUUAUGUGUGUCAGAUUUUUUACAGAGUGAAUUUAAGAAAUGCUAAAAAGCUUUUAUUCCCUUUAAAAAAAAAAGAAUAGGAGCAGCGGUACGAUAGAGGUUUCACACUUAUUUGGUGAUGGCACACCCCUCGCUGGUAUCGUUCACCAGUUUUGUCCCGGUCCCUGAGCCGUGUUCCUUCU